GAAAUCUUUGGUCCCCUCCCCUGCAACGAAAACCCUGACUUUUCACCCAGCUCUCCUCCUCCCUACGUCUCGUCCUCCAAUCACAUCACGCCACCUAUUCACCCAAACCCAAUUCGUACUCUUAAAUACUGUUUGGAUCGGAGCAAUCUUGUGGGUGAUAAUAAUCUUGAGUUUCUCCGAGGGUUUUCGUUGCUUAAUUUAAAGCCCCCUUUAUGGGAAAAUAAAGGCAGCAGCAGGAUUUUGUUUUGGCUCUCUGAUUACGAUGGAGGGUUUUGGAGGUUUGGGAUUCAGCGAUGGAAGCAAUGCUGUGAGGAAGAAAAGGAGUAACACGUCUCGUCGUCCUCGGAACGAGUCACAGCUACCUUUGGAUUGUCGUGAUAAUGUGUCAUCAACUCCUUCUUCGGAAGAUGUAAGCAAAAGUGAUGAGAAUAACGAUGAUGGUUCAAUUACACGAAAGAGAGACAUUAAUUUGAACUUAUGCAGCGCAAGGGCUUCGUUUAGUAACAUUAUGGAAGCUGAGACUGUCCAGAAUAUGGAUAAAGGUGAGGGAGGAGGUUCCGGAGAAUCUGAGGAAGCUUCAAAUGAUGGUUCAUUUCGAGGCAGUGACGAACAGAGGCAUAGGGGGAUUGAUUCCAAAAGGUCCAAUAAGGGUGCUCUUGCCCCCGCUAAUUGGAAAGGCACAAACAAGCUUGGGCCUGUUGGAGUUGUUUCGGAUGGCUCAGAGAAUGAGAAUAAAGUGAAAAUGGUUAAGCUUAAAGUUGGUGGUGUUACACGCACAAUUCAGGCCAAGUCUACAUCUGGUGGUGCAUCUACUGUUGGUCCGUCUUCUGUAAAAUCUUCUCGCAUUUCAGAUGCCCCUCGACCACGCCAGAAGUUGAUUCUUCAGGAAGACUCGGAUGAUAGUCCUUCCCUUAGUUCAGAUAAAGGAAGUGGGUUACGGGGAGUCCCACGGAAGGAUACAUCUAAAACUGUCACUCGUGUUGGGAAGGCUGAAGAACCUGUUCGCAAGAGCAAACGGGUCCCUAAGAGACGCGUCCUGGAUGCAGUUGAUGAUGGAGAUGAUGAUGACAUGGAAGUUCGAUACCUUGAAAAACUCAAAAUAUCUAAGGUCACCUCAGAUUAUACUGCAGAGUACAAUGAGGAUGAGGAAAGGAAAACUAGAAAAGAAAGGAAGAUUUCGACAGUGAUGAAGGGGAGUGGUAUUGGACUAAGUGUAGAUUUGGGAGAUUAUGGCAUACCAAGAUCAGGCAAGGAUGGUAAGAAGUCCAGAGUAGGAAGCGUAUCUGAUGAUACUGAUUAUGUUGAAGAGGAAGAAGAACCUGUUUCUGAUGGUGAGCCUAAUACUAAAAGCAAAAAAUCGAGAAAGGACUUUGUUGAAUCAUCCUCAUAUAAUAAGAAGGAGAUGACAGUCACUACUCGUCAAAGGGCUCUUAACACUGGCAAAGAUGUCUCAUCCAGCUCAGGUGCAGGUUUAUUUGAGUUCCCAAAUGGGUUGCCCCCGGCUCCACCAAGAAAGCAAAAGGAGAAACCCUGUGCAUUGGAGCAGCAAAUCAAGAAAGCUGAGGCGGCGGAGAGACGUAGGAUGCAAGUAGAGAAGGCAACUCGAGAAUCUGAGGCUGAGGCAAUCAGAAAAAUUCUGGGGCAAGAUUCCAGUAGGAAGAAACGAGAAGACAAGAUAAAGAAACGGCAAGAAGAUAUGGCUCAGGAGAGGGCUGCAAAUGCUUUCACACUUCCGCCAGAUUCUGUCCGAUGGGUGAUGGGUCCAUCAGGAUCGGUUGUAACUUUCCCCAAUGAAAUGGGCUUGCCAGCUAUAUUCGACUCCAAGCCUUGCAGUUACCCUCCUCCCCGAGAAAAGUGUGCCGGACCAUAUUGUACAAAUCCUUACAAGUACCGGGAUUCACAGUCGAAGCUCCCUUUGUGCAGUCUCCGGUGUUACAAGGCAAUACAUGAAAAGAUGGCCCCUCUAUCUGCCUGUUGAUUCUGUGAAACCGGCUUUGCAGACUUGCAGUUGCAGGAUAGUCCGGCAGCGCUUCAUAUGUACUUUAAUUAGUUAUUACAUGGGUGUGCUGUAUAUAUGGAGGGAAUUUGUAUACACAAAUCAUACAUAAAACUUCCUGCAUAUUCUGUGGAAAGUUGUAAGCUUGUUUGCGCGCUACAACAAACCGUGUGCUUGGUCAAGUUUCCCACGUAUGCUUGCAUUCCAUCGUAUCCCACGUUUUAUAAAUAAUGUAUUUUAAUUGUAUAAACUUCAUAAUCAGGAAGUCCAUGGAUUUAAGAAAGAUUUGCUUGGAUUUAUCCAUGGUUUGUUUUUCA